AUGGACAACACGACAUGCUACAAAGAUGAAAUUGCAAAGCUGGUCGCUCAACAUGGAGCAGUUCCCCCUCCUUGGUUCAAGUUCCACGACACCCAUCCAUACAGCAUAUGCUGGCGUAUGGGCGCCGGCGAAUCCUACAUAACAAUAUUCUUUACCUGGUGGGAGGAACAAAAACAAAGCCUUGAUGAGUCACAACGAAUUGAGUAUUUCCGGAAAUGGCCGCCUCCACCUCGAUGGCUUACUUGGAUGAUAGAGGUCAUUUGGGAUCUUAACCCUGAGAAUUUCGACGAUGAUGAUGAUUACUGGCCCUACUUCAGACGGACUGAGGCACUUGGUUUCGGGGGUGAGGAUGACUAUAAACGUGACAGGGAUGAAUGGGACGAGAUGUGA